AUGGGUCUUCUAGCCCUUGGGACUGCGCUGGAAUGGCCCGAGGCAAAGAAGCGAGCCGACCAGGUUAGAGAAUGGGGGAUCAAGCAACUUCUCGAGAUAUGGAACAAGGCCAAAGGAAAGGAGAGAGAUGCCAUGCUAUGGGGGGAUGAGGUCGAGUAUCUGGUCGUCACGUACAGCAAGGAGGAAGAAAAGGUGCUUCUAUCUCUCAGACAGGCCCAGAUUCUGGAGGCACUGGCUGCCGAUAAGGAACUUGCCAAGGAAGGCUGCGUCCCGGCUUUGCUGGAUGGUCCCGUGGAAAAGCCCAAAUCCCAUCCACUCCCCGUCUUCCACCCGGAGUUUGGUCGGUUCAUGCUUGAAGCCACGCCGGGAAAACCAUGGGGUAUUGGCUUUAAGGAACUGCUUGAUGUCGAGCCUGAUAUGAAGCUCCGUCGCAAGAUCGCCAAAGAGCACAUGUUGUCCAAGGAGCACCCCAUUACUUUGACGACUUUCCCGCAAAUAGGUGUUCCCGGACAAUUCACGGACCCCUAUUAUCCGCCGUCUGGAUCAAAACUUCGGUCCCAGUUUGUUCCCGACGAAAUUGCUAAUCCUCAUAUUCGAUUCCCUACCCUGGCUGCCAAUAUCAGAUGGCGUCGUGGUCGCAAGGUGCAGGUGAAUGUACCCGUAUUCCACGACAAGAACACCCCGACGCCUUGGAAGGACCCGACUGCCAACUACGAUCUUCACAACUGGCCUGAGGAUGACGAUGUGCGAAAUGGUGCCGCUCCCGAUGACUUCAUCCACAUGGACGCCAUGGCAUUUGGUAUGGGUAGUUGUUGUCUCCAGAUCACUUUCCAAGCAAAGAACAUCACCGAAGGCAGACAAAUGUACGACCAGCUCAGUCCACUGGGACCAAUCAUGCUGGCUUUGACUGCUGCUACACCAAUAUACAAGGGGUUUUUGGCCAAUACAGAUGUCCGGUGGAACCAAAUCAGCCGCGCAGUUGACUGUAGAACACCCGAGGAAUUAGGAGAAAAGCCACUCCAGAAUGACCGGUGGAGAAUACCCAAAUCGCGCUAUGCAUCCAAUUCGACUUACAUCUCUACAGACCCCAGGCUCCGUCCAGAAUACAUGGACCCGGACCUGGUAAUUGACCCUAAGAUCAAGGCCAAGCUCAUGGAAGGAGGAAUGGAUGACCUCCUCGCCACCCACUUUGCGCACCUGUUCAUUCGAGAUCCAAUCGUCGUCUUCGAGGAGGACUUGCAGGAGCUCGAUCUCAACAAGACGGACCACUUUGAGAACAUCCAGUCCACCAACUGGCAACAUAUGCGAUUCAAGCCACCGCCAGCCGAAAACAACAUUGGCUGGCGCGUCGAGUUCCGCCCCAUGGAGAUCCAAGUCACUGAUUUCGAAAACGCUGCCUUCUCCGUCUUCAUGGUGCUCGUCACGCGCGCCAUGCUCUCCUUCGACCUGAACUUCUACAUUCCCAUCAAGAAAGUGGAUGAGAACAUGGAGCGCGCCCACGGCGUCGACGCCGUCCUAAAAGAGAGGUUCUACUUCCGCAGAAACCUCUUUCCCCUGCGUCCGUCCCGCGCCAACACGGCCUUUGGCGAGGAAAGCCGGCCCGGGUCCGCCAUGCCCAGCCGCAGCGGCUCGCCAGGCCUGCCCGUUGACGAUGAAUACGCGGAAAUGUCCAUUGAUGAAAUCAUUAAUGGCUCUGCUGACGGUGGCUUUCCGGGCCUGAUCCCUAUCGUCGAAAGCUACCUUGACAGCGUCAACGUCGACGUCGAAACCCGUUGCCAGCUGGCAACUUACCUGUCGCUCAUUAGCAAACGAGCCAGCGGCGAACUCGACACUACAGCCCGCUGGAUACGGAACUUUGUCGCCGCCCACCCGCGCUACAAGCACGACAGUGUCAUUGACGAUGCCAUUACCCACGAUCUCAUCGGCGCCGUCAUCGCCAUAGGCGAGCGUGAGAGCGCCGGCAAGAACUUUGCGGGUCUUGGGAUUCACGGCCUCCCGAGGCUUUUAGGUCGUUUCAGAGGCGGCUGCGGCCAGGACCCUAUGACGAAUGGAGAGGAUGGUAAUGGUGACUUGGUUGCUCAAUGGGCUGCCGUGAAAGAGAAUGAACUUGGGAACGGGUCGCGGAAGAGGAAAAGCGAGUGGAUAGAUGGAGAGAAUGAAGCCCCUGGGAGAGAAUAG